AUGUCUGGUUGGUGUUUGCCGAACUCCCCGUCGUUUGCGUCCGAAGACUUCAGCUCCACUCCUCUCAAGCCAAAUGUGAAAAAACAUGUCCACGUUUCGGAAUACACCGUGGACGACGACGUCCUACCCGAGGACGACGACACUUACUCCCUGCUCUCCCCCAUCUACCAUGACAGUUAUAAGAGCGAUGAAGACGACGAGCUCAAUACGACUGAGCAACCGCCCAGAUGUGAGCUACAAAAACCGUCUUCGGCGCAGAUAGAACCCGAAGCCCUCAGUGCAUGGGAAAUGUGGCUGGUAAACAAAACAAAAGAAGACCAUCUUAAAAUGAAAAGGAAAACGGAGGAGGCACGUUUACUCAAGGAAAAAAAAGAACAAGAAGAAAUGGAACGUAAACAGAAAAAGAUCAUGGAGGAAAAGAAGAUCAGAGACUGGCAGCAACUUAAAAGAGAUCAGGAAAGACAUAAUCAGCUUCUGAAAAUCGGCAGAGAAGAAGCAGAGGUGCGGCGUCAACAGGAAAAAAAAAGAGAGACUGAACUGAAAGCUCAACAAAAGUUCAACAACUGGCUGCAGAAGAAGAACCAAGAGAGGUUAGAAAAAGAGAAGAAGCAAAAAGAGGAAGCAAGUCUGAGGGAAGAGCAGGAGAAAGAGCGACGGCGGAAGGCAGAGGGGAACUUUAAGGAAUGGCUGGCAAAACACAAUGACAAAUGGAAAGCAAAUACAAAGCCACCUCAUUAUUCAAGUCCCUGCCGAUUCCACCCACUACCCAGUUUUUACAACCCAAUCCCAUGGAAACCCAUUCACAUGCCCCCUCCGGAAUCUCCUCCUGAAAAUACACUAAGCAAGAAGCCUCAGAAACAAAGAAGAGGACAGCAAAGCUCAGCAUUAAGACUCACAGACAGGACACGUAGAUGACACUGAGGGUGUUUUACCCACCUCAAAUGUGAAUCACAAUGCAACAUGGGGAAUGCGUUCAGAUUGUAUUUUUUUUUUUUUUUGAGGGCCAAUUUUAAUGUUGGGAUUUUAGAUUGUCUGCGAUUGACUGCCCAACCAGUUCAGGGCCUACCCCCGCCUCUCGCCUGAUGGCAGCUGGAAUAGGCUCCAGCACGUCUGUGACCCUGGUGAGGAAAAGCGCUUUCGAGAAUGGAUAGAUUAUACAAUGCGAGUUCGUGUGUUCUUUAUCAUGUUGAGUUUCCAGGAGAUAUAUGUUCAUCCGCAGCCUUUUAAGUCGCGAAGUGUUUUGAAUCCUGUGGCAUUUAUUGCACAAGUGAUUCAAAUGGUGCAAGUCCCUAAUCCAAAUCAAUGUCACAAUGCAGAGACUUUUGGUUUACUUUCGCUCCAUGAAAAGUUUGCAAAUGUUGGAAAUAAUUGUCAUGCACCAUACUUUUACAUCAAUGUCAACUCCCUCAAUAAUGAACAACUUUGCAAUAUACCAAAA